AAAAUAUUGAAAUCACUUUAGGCGUCUAAUUAAAGGAAACUAGGCAAGAAGAAGAUGAGUUCGAGUACAAGUACACACACAGGAGAGGGCGAGCCAUCUUUUGGUGAGGUACAAGAUGAGUUGGACUAUUGGAAGAGAAGAGCCCUCGAGUAUAAGGCCAGUUUGGAGGAGGUGAGGGGUGAAUUCGAUGACUACCAAGAGAGCAGUCGAGAGCUGGAGGCAGAGCUGGAGGCCCAGUUAGAGCAGGCAGAGGGCAACAACAAAGACCUCCUCUCUCGUGUGGCCAGACUAGAGGAGGAGAAUGACUCACUCAAGAGCAAACUAGAUGUGAACCAAAGUGAGACUUAUGUGUCUCUGUCCACACUACAAGAGGAGCGCUCUGAACUGACUGCCCUCAAGGAGACACUACAGACUUAUGUGAGACAGUUAGAGCAGGCCAACGAUGACUUGGAGAGAGGAAAGAGGUCAACAAUGUCAUCUCUGGAAGACUUUGAGAAGAAACUGAAUCAGGCUUUUGAGAGAAAUGCCAUCCUAGAGAACGAGUUGGAUGAAAAGGCGCGACUUGGAGAGAUGUGUCAGAGGCUCAAGGAUGAGGUCAGAGACCUUCAUGCUGAGAUGAGCAGAGAGAACAAGAAGCGUACACCAACGUCUGGCUCUACUCCCCUCCCCUCUGUAACUGCCACACACACUGUCCCCACAACAAUCAGAGAGUCUCCUCUUAUCAAGGCCAAUCCAUCACCAGAAGGCACUCCACUUCACACCACCUUUGUGGGAUCACAAAACUUCACUCCAUCCACAAGAAUAUCAGCUCUGAACAUGGUUGGAGAUCUACUGCGGAAGGUUGGGGCAUUGGAGUCGAGGCUUGCCCUGUGUAGGACCCACAUAUCCCCCAAGGAGCGCAGAGUCGGCAGUCCAGUAGAAGGGUCAAAGGCCAAGCGUAUGCACUUGGUGAAAGAGCCUCCUAAUCUGACCAAAAUAACUGUGUAGUCUAGGAGGGCACUCAUCAGCUCUCUGUCUGUGCCUGCUAGCCUUUAUUAUCAUUGCCUGCUUGUAACCUAUGUACCAUUUUAACAAAGACAUGUCAAUAUACCGGUAUUGAUUAUCAAACCCCUCGAUAUAAUUAAA